AUGGCCUGGACAGCAGGUCAGAUCCGUGCAUGGGUGAAGCGUGAAAGCCUGUCUGGGCUGGUCGCCGAGCAUGCAGAGGAGCUCGCAGCCGGUGGCGGACUUCAAGCCAUAACACCUGAAUGGCUCUCCCAGCACGGGGUACGCAUGCUGGCCCCCCGGCAGAAGAUCUUCGCCGCUGUUCGAUGCGCGCUCGUGCCAGGCACGAAGGUGUGCCGCUUCGGCGAAAAAGAGAUUAGGCGGUACGAAGCCGAAGAAGAAGUAGAGGAGGAAGGACCUGCUCAGAGACCUCAGAGCGACCACAAGAAGGAGGCUGCAGCAUUGGUGGGCCGCCGAGAGGAAGAAGACGACGAGGACGAAGAUGAGGGAGAAGACGAAGACAACGACGAAGAAGCUCCAGAAGCACCCCAGGAGUGCGAAAGCCAUCUUCCAGAGCAGCAGGACCUUAUCCAGCUUGCGGCUUUCCGUGAACCCUGUGGAGCGAACUCACAGAAUUUCACCUCAAGCUCGAGGAGCCUCCUUGACGGAUCUGCUCCGCGAGCUUGCACAAAGCAAGUUGAUUGUGAAGAACGCUUUGCAUGGAAAUUCAUGAUUAAGAUGUUUCAAUGCUUUACGCCCGAACUGGCGGUCAUGCACAUGCCGUGA